CUAAAAGUAAAUACAAGGAUGGCAUGGAUGCGUGUUUUAGCGAGUACUAGUUGACUUUGGUGCGUGUUCUGCUGAGUAGAAUACCAGCUUGAGUUCCGUUUUGUGUGGAGGACAUUUCACAUUUGGUUUGUUUAUAUCUUCCUCCUCAUUUUCAUUCACCAAAGCUUCAGGUUAGUUCGCUGUUAAAGUUGACAGAGAGAGCAGGAUGUCUGCUAUGUCGCUGAGCUGGUGGACCAAACUCCAGCUGAGAACACAGAACAGAAGGACUCUUCUUCAAAAGUUUGUCACGGUUUGUCCAAACCAAGACUCAAAGCCCCACAGCUCCGGACAGCAGCAGAGAAGGAGGGUUGUUAUUACUGGCAUAGGGUUAGUGUGUCCUCUGGGCACAGGCACAGCUCUGCCCUGGGACCGCCUGAUCCAAGGCCACAGUGGGAUUGUUGCUCUGGACUCAGAGGAGUACAAGACUAUCCCCUGUAAAGUGGCAGCUCUGGUACCCAGAGGGACUGAGGAGGGUCAGUUUAAGGGGGAGAAUUUUGCCUCUCGUGGGGAGAUCAAUAGCAUGUCUCCAGCCACUGUAAUGGCCCUUGGAGCUGCUCAGCUGGCUCUGGAGGACUCAGGGUGGAGCCCCAAAAGCCCAGAGGAGCAGCUCAGCACAGGGGUGGCUGUUGGCAUGGGCAUGGUGUCACUGGAUGAGAUUGCUCGUACCUCCUCUGCUUUCCAAAAACAGGGCUACAACAAAGUCAGUCCUUUCUUUGUGCCUCGCAUCCUUGUCAACAUGGCUGCUGGACACAUAAGCAUCAAACACAAACUGAAGGGUCCCAACCAUGCUGUGUCCACAGCUUGCACCACAGGUGCACAUGCCAUAGGAGAUGCAACAAGGUUUAUUGCCCAUGGGGAUGCAGUUGCUAUGGUUACAGGAGGUACAGAAUCCUGUGUCGGGCCUCUUUCAAUUGCCGGCUUCGCUAGGGCUCGCGCGCUUGCCACAAAAUGGAACAGCAGCCCAACACUGGCUUCAAGACCCUUUCACCCAGAUAGAGAGGGCUUUGUGAUGGGAGAGGGAGCAGCGGUGCUCCUACUGGAGGAGCUGGACCACGCAGUGAAGAGAGGAGCCAGGAUCUAUGCAGAGGUCCUGGGAUAUGGACUUUCAGGAGAUGCCAGCCACAUCACUGCACCCACUGCGGAUGGAGAUGGGGCAUUCAGGUGCAUGUCUGCAGCUCUCAGAGAUGGUGGCGUCUCACCUUCAGAUGUCACAUACAUCAACGCUCACGCCACAUCCACACCUUUGGGUGAUGCUGCAGAAAAUGCAGCCAUCAAGAGGCUCUUCGGGCAAAGCACUGAUAACCUGGCUGUCUCCUCCACCAAGGGAGCCACAGGACAUCUGCUUGGGGCCGCUGGGGCUCUGGAGGCAGCCUUCACUGCUCUGGCUUGCUACCAUGGAGUCCUGCCCCCGACCCUCAACCUGGACCGCACAGAGCCAGAGUUUGAUCUGAAUUAUGUUCCCUGCACAAUGCAGCCAUGGAGGACUCAGGGUCGAAGGGUCGCCCUCACAAACUCAUUUGGAUUCGGCGGUACCAACGCCUCGUUAUGUCUGAGCAGCAUCUGAUGACACACUAAGACUGAGUGUUGCCUUUUUAUUCACCACCAGAUCUGAUCCAGGCUGUAAUAUUUACCAGUGAUCGCAUCACAGACUCACAGAUUGAGUAAAUAUUUAUUUAGAGGGCUGAUCAGUGCCACUUUUAGUUGGUCCUAUGAACUGAUUGUAUUGUGGUUUCUGCAACACAUGUUUGGACUUGUUUGUUCUGGAUUUUCAGUGAUUGACUUUAGAUUGUACUGAUAAAGAAUUACGAUGAUAUCACUCAA